CUUUAUUAGCCGUCUGUGGUGAUAGAUUUGUCAAUCAUUGAAAUUUAAGAUUUUAGAUUUCUGGAUUUUGGGAAAUAAACAGAAAGAAAAACUUUGAAAGUACGUAACAAUGGGCGAAUUAGUUUGGGGAAUCAAAAACGGCGACAUUGAUCAAGUAAAAGACAUCGUUGAACAAAAGAAAAUUGAUGUGAAUGCACUUAUCGAUGGCCGAGUUCCUCUACAUUAUGCUGCAGAUUAUGGACAGACAGCGGUUGUAAAUUAUUUAUUAGACAAAGGAGCUGACCCCAAUAUGGUUGACAAACAUGGCAUAUCUGUAAUUCUUGCAGCUAUUUGGGAAGGUCAUACUGAUUGUGUUAAAACAUUACUAAAACAUGGGGCAUCUAAGAAUGGCAAAACACCAGACGGCACACCAUACAUUGAAGCUGCUGAAAAGGAUGAGAUCAAAGAGCUAUUAACAUAGGAAAAAAACCCAAAAAAUCAUACUAAUAUAUAUUUUUUAAGUUAAUUAAAAUCGCUCACAGUAAAAUUUAUUAAAAGCUACAAUCCAGUAGAAUGAAAUUAAAUUAAUAAUCAUAUAUUUACAUGCAUUUAUUUAUAUUGCGAUUAAUUAAUUAUUAUAGUCUCAAGAUUUUAUUAUGAAUUAAGGAAUAAUCAUAAUUAUGUAUUAUGACUGCGUCCACUAGUAGUACUAUUUUGUUUAUAAUAUCUACUAACAAGUACUUUUUAAGUCAUAUAAUACUAACAAGUAGCACUGAUGAUUUGGAAAUUAAUUUCAGAUUUUGUUUAUAGCAUUUUUUUACUUUAAAAGGCCUAUACUUUAAAUGCAAAUUUAUUAUUUUAUAUAAAAAAGAGCAGGCAAGUAAUAUAAAGGGAGUAAUUUCUAUUGCUAAAAUAAAAACAUGAAAUAUGUA